AUGGUCCUGUCUAUUUCGUGUAAAAAACCAGUCCGUUAUGAUGUUUACUUCAAUGGUCGCUAUGAAACCCCAAUAAACGUUGACAAAAGCCAACAAGUGUUCGUCUUGAAGGGAAGAAAUCCAGAACUCUCAGAUGACCAGUAUAUUUCAAACCUAUAUUUUCAGGAAACUGGAGGAAAUUACUACAACACCCAAGAUGAUACUUUAUAUGUACUGCUUAAAGAAGGGCAAGAAAUUGAAGUCCGCCAAGAAGAAGUUUUGGACUUUAGCUUGAUUUUUCCUGUAGAGUUAGACGAUACAGAUCGAACUGGACCUGAAGAAAUGGAUAUAGUAGAAGGUGUCUCGUCGCUAUUAGGAUUACCCCCAGAUGGCGCUAGAAUAGUAGAAAUUGGUUGCUGCAGGGAGAAAAGAUCGUUGUUCCCAAACCAAGUAAAUGCCGAUGUUCGGGUCCAAGUUGGAAGCCCACCACUCUCUACUAACGGAUCAGUUGAGAUAACGCCAGUCAACUCUACUGAAAAGUACGUGGAUGUGUUGACAUCAGCUGUUCAAAGUGGACACAUGGAUCAACUAGUGAAGCAUGAAAUUCAUUCACUACGGAUCCGAAGCUACAUUGGUGGAGACAUGGACACAGUUAUUGAAGGCACCACACUAAAACGGACACGUCGGCAGAAUAACCAAAAUCCUUCCACCAUGACGGGCAGUUCAUCGUUUCAAAUGCCGUACAACCUUCUACUGUGCAGGGAAGAUUGCACGAAUACAGAGGCAGUACUGACAGUCUACGAGCCUUUGGUCAUAACUUUGGUUGUUAAAGAUGUUAAUGACAAAACAGUAACGACGUUCGAUAAAUCAGGAUCCUGGAAAGCAAAAGUGUCUGCCACUAAUGGCGAAUCGGUGUCUGAGUCAGAUUUUGAAGGAACUAGAGAAGUAGCUCUUGUUGAAGGGAUAGCAAACUUUACUGAUUUACGAUUUAUUAAACCUAAAGAUGGAAUGUUCAUCACUUUUAUGGUUGAUAAUGGAACGUCAUCAACCAGCUCAUCAAAGCCUCUGAAAGCAAUGUUUGGACCAAUAAACGUUAUACAUCGUCCAUUGAAACUAAGGCAGAUAUCUAACGGGGUGCCUUAUAACGUGAAAGAGAAUGGUAGUUUAGGAGCCUUAAUUGGAGUUACGAUAAUUGAUGACAUAGACAAUCAACCAGCCAACUCAAGCGUUAUUGGUAAUGGCACAUGGAAAGCAAAUGUAGGUUUCCUCUAUGAAAACGUCUACAGUGCAAGUAUUAUUGGGGAGAAGGAAAAAGUUCUGAAGAAUGGAAGCAACGAGUUUUUAUUUCCUGAUCUCAAAAUAACCAAGUGGGGUUAUAGAUACUAUUUGAAAAUUACAGUAACAGAUGACAGCAACCUUUGGAAACCUAUGGAUCUUACGAUUGGGCCAUUUGAUGUAGGAAAAGCAGUAGAAGAGGAUACAGUAGUAGUAACAUCGAAGACAAGUCGGCUGGUCACUAUGACAUUUAGUCAAGACUACUCUCUGGUCAGUAGAGAUACUGAACGUUUCCACGUUUUCUUUCUGAACAAGUUUGGUCAAAUGUAUCCAGAAGUGGAGUGGAUGAACUUUUCUUCUAGUGCCGGGAGUGUUCUAACGAAUACGUUUAUCCAGGGAACAAUUCAGGCUUUGGACAAAACUGAAACUACACUUCUGGCAUCUAAAGCUGAAUUUGUUUACGAUGGAAACUCUUUUUCUCGAACGUACGUGGCAGUGAAGAAGGAACAAGAAGUUGUCACUGCUGGACAGACCAUGAAGUUGACAGAUAAUAAUAACAACGUUGCCAGUGAAGGCUUACCGCCCGCUUGGAUAGCUGCUAUUGCUAUAAACUGCGCAUUGGUUUUCUUGUUCAUCAUCUUCUUGAUCUACUGUUACUGCAACAAAAGGAAAAGUAUUUCUCGAAAUUCCGAUAUAAUCGAAAAUAGUUUUCACGGCGGACCAGAUCCCAUGUAUACUGGCAAAACUGGAAGUUCUCCAAUACGGCAGACUUACGGUUCACCAAAUAGAAGAACGUCAUUCAGUAAUGACGUCGAUAAUUAUUCCAUUCCAUUUGGGAGUAGACCUACAUCUAGAGUAGAUCCCCGCUGCACGUGCAACACCCCCGAAUGUUAUUGUGACGAUCCUCCAGGAUUUGACCCGAAUUUGCAAAACACACGUCCCCCCAAUUCUCCAGCAACCAUUUCAGAAGUCGAACCACAACAGCAACUAGAGGAGGAGGACGAAAACCUUGAUGACCUGAUUCAAGAAGCAAUUGAAGAAACAGAUGACUUCAGAACUGACAGUCCUAGUUAUUCUAGAAACAGCAGUCGGAACUACUCUCCUGAUGAUGUCGACCUACCAGCUCUUCCUGGUACAAUGGAAAAAAGCGAGGUCAGCGAGCACGAAGAUGAUCUAGAUGACUUAAUAGAAGAAGCUGAAGUACAACAGAAUAAGAAGAAAUAUCUAGUCUAUCUGAUGCUGGAUGAAGAUGGAUCACGAGAGUGCAUAGGUCAUGUAUGGUUGCCACAUAAUAAUCCAGUGACUUUGACUCAAGUGCGCAACUAUUUGGCGUCUCAAGCAACGCCCUCUGUACAAGACGUAUUUCAGAAUAAGUUUAAUUUCGUGAAUGAGAGUUUCCGAGAGAUUACGUUUCAAGAAGGAGCCUUGCUAGUAGACAGAAUUUACCCGUCGCACGGAAUAAACAUCCGUUUAGUUUCCGACGGUAAAGCAAUUCUAAGAAAUAUUGUAGUGUAG